AUGGUUCGUUCAGCGCACUGGCAGCCUCACAAAGUACUGACGGUGAACUGCAAGCAUGUCUGCAAAAAGGUCUGGAGGGGGGCUGGUGUGGCGGCCUGUCUACAACUGACAUCACAGCUAAUCGCCGUCACACGGCGAGCCGUUAUUUUGAAUACUCUCGGGCGCCUUCGUGCAUCGUCGACCGCGCUCGGGUUUUCGCUGGACGUCAGUGAUUUUGCGUACGUGACCAGGGGGGAGUCUGCCGUCCGCCGCGCGAUUGCUAUAACGUCUAUGUUCCUAGCUGUG